GUACCGCAUUGCCUUGUACCAAGCAUCACACGUCUAGGGCUGUUGUGUCAAAGAAACAAUAGACUAUUUCUAACUAUUAACUAAAGCCAUCUGCGUAUCUUCUUUCUUGGGCCAGCGUUGCUACUCCUACCCUAAGUACCUGUUUGGGAGGUAAGCGGUAUGCGCCUUAUAAGUAGAAGAAGUAAAGACACACUAAGAUAAGCAGAGUAUUACUAUUUUAACAUACUGAGGAGUCGCCGAAGCUUAUCUCUUUUCACGACCUAAUGUUACCUCACCUCCUGCUGUGGAACCUGUCGAGAGAUUAAUUUCCUAACACAGCUAUGAACUAUUUUCUUUCGUCCUACUUCUCGCUUAGUUCCGGAUAUGCCUGAGAGAGUAACCUGUCCACGCCGGCUCGAAGUCCAACGGUGAAGAGUUGAUAUGGGCUUCGGGGCUGAAGGCAACCUUGCAAAGACUCCGCCGAAAGGCAAAGGCGCUAAGAAAGACAGAGGACCACUGCUCGCAGCGCAUGCAGAUGCGCUUCGGACGGGAUUCGGCACGACGCCGGAUGGCCAGGUCAUUAGAGGUAAGCUCACAGCGGCUUUGAACAUCUGGAGCAUGGUGCUGGGCGGUGAGGACGAGCGCGAGGAGGUGUUCAAGGCGGGGCUGGUGCCGCUGCUGCAGCACCUGCUGGAGCGGGGCGACGUGGAGGAGCGGCACGCCGCCAUGGGCUGUCUGGCGGUGCUGGCGCAGAGCGAGAAGCACGUCAACGAGGUGGUCACACCCAGGGUGAUCACCACCGCCGCCGCGCUGCUGCUGUGCGACCACGCGCGCGGCAAGCUGCCCGCCGUGCAGCUGCUGCGGCUGUGCGCGGGGCGAGCCGAGUUCGCGGGCAAGGUGGCAGACAGCGCGCUGCCGGCGCUGGUGGAGGUGCUGAAGAGCGAGGGGUUGCCGGGGUGGGGGCAGAUGAGGCAGGCACAAACCCACGCUGCGCACGCACUGAAGCUGCUGCUGGAGAACGUGGAGGGAGAGCCUCCCGAGGUACGGCAGAUCCGGAGGGCUGCCGUACUGCAGUUGGGUGCCGUACCGCCCCUGGCUUCCAUGGUGGCGUACACGCCCCGCAUGCCGCCGCCUGCGCUGGUGCCGGCGCCGCCGCCGGUGCUCACGAAGCAUCACAAGAAGACGGGCUCCAAGAAGAAGUCCGAAAAGACAGAGCCCCCCCUGGGCGCCAAGGACGCAGCCGCCACCGUCGCCUCCGCCUGCCUGCGCUUCCUGUCGCUGGUGCCGGAGUUCGUGGAGGAGUUCAUGCGCACGGGCACGCUGCCCGCCGUCAUCCGCGGGCUGCAGACGUGCGGCGAGGAGCAGGCGGCAUACCUGACGGGCAUCCUGUGGGAAGCCUCGGCGGAGGGGCACGUGGCGGAGGCGGCGGUGGCGGCGGGGGGCGUGCCGGCGCUGCUGCACGUCAUCUCCAAGAACCUGCCGGGCUGCAAGUUCGGCCGGCUGCGCAAGCCCACCGCCAAGGACUCCAAGAAGGACGGCAAGGGCGGCAGCCGCUCCACCACCCCGAACAAGAAGGACGGAAAGGAGGGCAAACCCGGCAAGGGAGGCAAGGGCAAGGGCGGGUCGGGGUCGUCCUCCGAUGCGGUCAACUUUGCUGACGCGGCGGUGUGCAACGCGACGGGGGCGCUGCAGCACCUCACAUUCCUGGACGAGGCGAAGCAUCAGGUUGCCCUGCACGGCGGUGUCCCCAUCCUGACCAUGGCGCUCAAGGUGUCCAACACGCAGACCUACGAGAACGCCAGCGGGGCUUUGUGGAACGUGGGGCUGGACGUGAGAAACAGCCUGGUGCUGCAGGCCGCGGGCGCUCCCAACUUCCUCGCUCGCCCCGUGCCUGAGAACUGGCUCACGCGCGGAGUGCCCCUGGGUGGGAUGGGAGGCGGCGGGGGCCACGACUCGGACGGGGGCUCGGGUGCGGCCUCGCCCACACCCCUACCUGAGCCGCUGCCGCCACUGCAGCUGCGCAUGGGCGGCGGGCGGCUGGGGGCGGUGGGGGGGCUGUCGCCGGAGAGGGAGCGGGAGCGGGGCAGCGUGUUUCUCACGCAGCUGCCCGGAGUGGGCGGCCACUGAGGGGCCCCCUGGGGGCUGCUUGCGGGGCGGAGGAGGAAGGGAGAAGAGGGGAGAGGACCACUAAUGGUCCUAGUAGUAGCAGGGGUGGCAGUACGGUAGUAGUGGCAGUGGUGGUGGCGAGAGGAGCAGGAGGAGGGCUGCAGUGGUUGCGCAGGAGGAGGGCUGCCGGGCAGGUCUGACUACCUCUGAUUGGUGGUGGUGCCGUUCGCAGGUUGCAGGGGUGUGGAAGGGCGAAGGGAGCGUACGGAAGGUCCGGUACCGGUAACCCUGUUAUCAUAUGCAGGUUAUGAUAAUCUGGGUAUUGGAAGAGGUUGCAAGGAUGGGAGCACAUAGGAGUUGCUUUUGCUUGUUUGCUUGCUUUACACUGCUGCUGCUGUGUAUCGUGUGGAAUAUGAUUCACUCACUCACCCUCUCUUGCAGUACGCAUUCGCAACCCGUUGCCGGGUUCGUCUUUCUGUACGGCAUACCAUCUCAUGCUGCUGCUGCCUGCUACUGUAUAAAAAGGCACGCGCACGUUACAUUCAUCGCGGACCCCUCGCUUCCGCACCUCCACCCACGUGUCCCAUAGGGUGCGUACGGAGGUGUGUGUAUUUCUUUCCAAGAUGCGGGAGGUGUGUAUUGCUCCCGAGUUGUGGGAGGUGUAUUCCCGCCAGCGCCGCCGGGGCGUGUGCGCAUGGGCCUGUGGGGCUCAUCGUGCAGGCCUUUAGGGGCGCAAUGGCGGGCGGCUGGUGUGAGCUGGGGAAGGGAUGGGGUUGCGUGAUGAGGGGGCCGUGUGUGUAUGAUGAUGACGUCAGCAGGUGGGGCGAGGGGCAGGUGUGGUGGGCGGGGGGCUGGUGGAGAUGAGGUGGGAGGAUGGGGUUUGUCGGAUUGGGUUCCUGUCCUGAAGGGCGGGGGGAAAGGGAGGGAGAUCAAGGAAUGAUAAUGCGCCGAAGCAGGGUGUGGAUGCAUGGCGAGUUGGCGACGUACAGUGCUACAGUCAGUGUGUUUUGUUUUUCGGAGCGUAUAAUUGUUUGACAGGGUGCCUGCCUUUGUGACAUAGAGCGGUAUGGUGGUCGCAGCCCCUUUAGAUUUUCAUGGCGAGCCUUCUUUACCUCCAAACGUGAUUGCAGGUGAAAGGUGUUCCAUGUGUUAUGUUACGACGUCUUCGCUGUGUCGUUGGGUUUCAGGGCAAUAGGAGAACCCGGAACCUUCCCCAUGGUAUGUGCGGUAUGGAUUGUGUAUGAUAGCUGUUUUUUUUCUCGCCCAGAGGGUAAGGCCCCGCCGUGUUUUGUGUUUCUUUGUACGACUCCGGGGCCUUAUUAUGACAGCAGGGCGACGGCAUGUGACCAGGGACGGCUUCCGUUUCUUCUGUACAUUUCACAUGUUGUAAGUAUCAGGGAGCACUUUGCAGGCCUGGCGGCUGGUCUGGGUUACGGGAACCUGGACGGUCAGGGCAGAUCAGGG